CACAUGUGUGUUUAUCUGUGUGGUCUGUGCAUAAAUUCAUUCAACACAUGGUGCAAGGGUUAGACUGGGAAGUUGUUAUCUUGAUUCGUGAUAGGGCAGUUUGGUGGAUACUGUGUACAUGUACAUGUUUUUGAAAAACUUAUCAUUUGGCAUUAUGAGUCAGUUUGGAGGCUGGGUUGAAAACGGAGACCUUUGUGUACAUGAUUUGGGUUUUGUCAUCAGCAAGAACAUGUAAUGGUUUCAGCGCAGGAGUCUGGAACGGGACAUGAAUGAUGUAUGCGUUUUGUGUUAUAGGGUCUCACCCCAGCAAACAAUCCCAGAAGCCCCUGGACUCUUCAGAGGAGGAAGAGCAACAAGACAACAGUUACUACCGGGAGGACGAGAUUGACCGCGACGACAAGGCGGACAGAGACAAACGAGAGGAGAGAUACCGAGAGGAUGAUGAAGAAGAAGAACAACUGGGAUCUGAUGAUGAUGAACAGGAGGAUCCUAAGGAUUACUGUAAAGGCGGCUAUCACUUAGUGAAGAUUGGUGACCUUUUCAAUAACCGGUAUCACGUCGUCCGUAAGCUAGGGUGGGGACACUUCUCCACCGUUUGGCUGGCGUGGGACCUCAAGGGCCGUAAAUAUGUUGCACUGAAGGUUGUUAAAAGUGCACAACACUACACAGAAACUGCAGUGGAUGAAAUCAAAUUACUUAAAGCAGUUCGAGAGAGUGACACCUCCGAUGCCAACCGAGAGAGAGUUGUACAACUACUAGAUGACUUCAAGGUUUCUGGCGUCAACGGAACCCAUGUGUGCAUGGUCUUUGAGGUGCUUGGUAAUAACCUGCUAAAACCUAUCAUUAAGUCCAAGUACAUGGGUCUGCAGCUACAGCAGGUCAAAAGCAUCAUAAGACAGGUCUUGGAAGGCUUGGACUACUUACACACCAAAUGUCACAUCAUCCACACAGACAUCAAACCAGAGAAUAUUCUCAUGUGCGUCAACGAUGAGUACAUCAAGAAACUGGCCCACGAGGCCAAGGACUGGGUGCAGGGUAACGCCAAACCACCAGUAUCGUCAGUGAGCACAGCUCCUAUUGAGAAGAAACCAGAGAAACUGUCCAAAAACAAGAAGAGACGAUUGAAGGCGAAGCAGAAGAAACAAAUCGCCCUCCUGGAAAAACAAGAGCAACAGCUGAUUGAACUGGAGAAAGAGAGACACUCAAGGGUAUCAGUCACACCAGACAAGGACCAACCCAACUGUAUGGAGACAGAGCGACAGCACGCUGGCAGCAGCGGCAGCAGCAACGGUAACCAGACACCACUCAGUGAGACAGCGACAACGCCAGGCAGUGAGUAUCCCACCACCCCGAGCAGCGAGUAUGCCACCACGCCAGGGAGCGAGGUCGCACCGGUGAACGGGAUUGGCAGCGAGACGGCCAUGCAGGGGGUGCAGGAGGAGGUGGAGUCUGAGGAGAGGAACGACAGACCGGAUUCAGAGGGAACAGAAUGCCAAACAGACGUCACAGAGCCAACGACAAACGGUAACGGGAACCCAAAAGAGACCAACAUUCUGAUCACCGACACCCAGGAACCAGAGGACGAAACAUCAGAGACACCGAACAGCCCACAGCGAUUAAAACCACAACCGCUGCCCAUGGUGGACCCCAUGACAGACCCCAUGACAGAGUCCAUGGGGGACGGCCCCUGGGUGGAGCCCCAGGGGACAGGGGAACUCUGCAACGGGUACGGAGGGGAGGGUGGGGAUAUGGAGGGGGAGGAGAAAGUGGAAAAGGAGGGAGGAGAGAAGAAUGUGGGAUUGCAGAACGGCGAGACUGAGCACAGCAAGAUGAACGGGGAUAGGGACGACCAUCAAGAUGAUCUCGUCAAAGACAGAAGUCCUGCAGAUUCGACGCUGGAGGAGAACAGACUCCAAGAUGACACCUCACCGAGCAAAGAGGUCGAACUGAGGAGCGUUGAUGAGGAGACGAGACAAGACACGACCGAGGCGGAGGAGAGACAGGAGGAGGAAGCAGGGAGGGGAGGCGGAGACGAGCGAAAAGAGAAGAGGGAGUUGGAGAAGGAUACCGAGGAGCAAGAUGCAAUACUAGAUGCAGAGACUGCCAGUAAGGAGGAUGCAAUCAAGAUGGAGAAUCAGAACGAUGGUGCUGAGAGUCAGUCAGCCAAUGACGACAACGAACUGAAAGUCAAGCUUGCCGAUUUGGGAAACGCCUGCUGGACGCAUCAUCACUUCACGGAAGACAUUCAAACGAGGCAAUACCGGGCCCUUGAGGUCAUCAUAGGGGCAGGGUACGACACCCCUAGUGAUAUCUGGAGUACAGCUUGCAUGGCAUUUGAGUUGGCCUGUGGUGACUACUUGUUUGAGCCGCACUCGGGUGAAAACUAUAGCAGGGAUGAAGAUCACAUUGCCCACAUUUCAGAGCUGUUGGGUACGAUACCCAAACACAUUGCCCUCGGAGGAAAGUUUUCCAGAGAAUUUUUCAACAGGAAAGGUGAGCUGCGUCACAUCACCAAACUCAAGCCCUGGGGCCUCUUCUACGUCCUGACAGAGAAGUACGACUGGGUGGAGCGUGCGGCCAUCGAGUUCGCCUCCUUCCUAGAACCCAUGUUGGAGUUUGAUCCUACCAAGCGAGCCACGGCAGCCAUGUGCCUCAAACACCCGUGGCUCUACUCAUGACGAUAAGUGCAACUGCACGUAGGAAUAAAGCUAAAAAAAACUCUCUGUUGAUUUGUACAGUACACACAAAAAUAGGAUUUGUUCUUCCGUAACCGUCACGUGUUUAAACUGACGUUGUAUGGCGUCGUAUAUGACAAAUAAGUACUAUAGGG